AUGGUCAACGAAAGCUCUGCAGGUUUAGCCCAGCCGGUGGGUUCACGAGUCCUUGACCAGAGCCCAGUGAAGGCAUCCUGCCACGAGGAAGUCUAUGCUCAGGUCCGCACUGAUACGAUCAUCUAUUGGCCAAACUGCGCACCGCCCACGCGAUGCCAUUGGUUUGCACCAGCGGCCCAGACAAAGGGAGCGGCCGCUGCGGGAGGCGAUUGGGCGGAGCUAGGCGGGAGCCCGGAGACGGGCGGGGACGCUGCCCUCGCGGAGGCGGGGAGGGGUCCUCCACGUGGGUGGGGCUCGGCGCCCCCCGAGGGCCGUGGCCGCGGGGCGCUGGGGCGCUGGGACCCCUCCCGCCCCCGGGCUUCUGCCUGGACCGCGGCCGCUGCCUCCUCUUCCCGGAGGUCUCAGAGUCCGUCCCGGUCUCGCAGUAGGGAACCCGGAUACGCAGGAGCGAGCCUGGAUGCAGAAGGGCGCGCGGGAGCCUGGAGCUGCAGCGCGAACGAACCGCAGCCGCAGCUGAGUCAGAAGUGUCCCGCUGCCUUACCUGAUAAUGGGAUUUUACACGGUCUGCAAAGGGUGGCUUCGUGAGAAGACCGUUUCAGAAGAGGAAAUGGGCCUCUGGCCGACGGUGGGGUUUUAGAAACCCCUGUGGAGUGAAAAAGUACUCCCGGCCGCUUUGCGCAAGAUUGCAGAGUAAGGUGGGUUUUUGUUUUUGUGUUGUGUUUUUGUUUUGUUUUUUUGUUCCAUCCCCCUCCUCCCUGUAAAUGCGAACAAAAGGCCCCCAAGCGUGCAGGACGGGGUGGACGUUUGGAAGCCGCAAGUGGAGUGAAUGUCGUUGUAAAAGCUCCGGGCCCCAGGCAUAGCUAGUGUCUGCGCGUCGCAGUUUGGGAGAGGAAGGAUGUGACGCCCUGCGCGCAGGCGGGUUGGCCCGGCCCCGGCAAGGGCUCCUCUCUCCCGGACGAAGCGAGCGAGCCCUGGCUGUGGCCUCCUCCCGGCGUCCGCGGCGCUCGGCGGGAAGGUCCCGCUUCCACCAAAGCGCCGGACCCCGUGGCUCUCAAAGUAAAACCCAACAAGCCGUAAGCCCCCCGACGCCCGUGGAGAGGGCGCCGCGGAUUUAUGGCCUCCGAAUUCCCCACUCUCUAAUUAUCCCUGUUUUUAGUUGACUUAUGGGUAGUGACCAAUAAAAUCAUUUUCCAUUUCGGA